CUUGGAGGGAGAGACCAUAAGAAGCACAGAGUUUUCUGCACUGAAGUGAUCUAUCAUCAUGAAGGGGCUUCUGCUCCUAAGUCUGCUUCUCCAUGUUAAAUGUCAAAGGUCAUCAACAUGCCCUCCCCUUUGCUCCUGUCAUGGCAGACAGGUGAACUGCAGCAGCAGGUCUCUCACCUCCUCCUCGCUGCCCACUGGUUUCCCUACUGAGACCACUGAACUCCACCUCCACAACAACCAUCUCACCCACCUCCCUAACGGGCUCCUUGAUGAUCUCACCUCCCUGCGCUCCAUCUCCCUCCAUGGUAACUCCUGGGUGUGUGACUGUGGCAUCCUCUACCUGCGAGCCUGGAUGCUCCGUCAGCCUUCCAGCCUUACGUCACACCUGGGAGUCACUUGUUACUCUCCUCCAAGCUUGAGGGGACGGCUGGUGGUGUAUCUCACCGAGGAGGAUAUCCUGGAGUCCUGUCACUACUGGUACUGUGACCUGGCUCUGGCCUCGCAGGUGUGUCUGUUUGUGUUUGUGGCAGUGCAGGCAGCCCUGUUGGUGGCUCUGCUUGUGUUCCUGAGGAAGUUCGAGAGGCUCUCCAAAGUGGCGAGGAGGACCAUGGAAGAGAGCUUCACCGCCGGGGAGAGUCAGAGGGAGAACGACUACACAGUUUUAAAGGACAGCAGCAUCUGAGAGGGAGCCCUGAUGUGUUUGAGUGAUGGUUAAGCAGAUGGGUAGUUUAUCAUUUGCACACUGGAAAAAAAAGAUUCUAAAAUGCUUUUGGAAUUACAAAAUAAUUAUGAUGUUCAUCUUUAGGCACAAGCUGGUGACAAAUUAAAUAAAAAAGAUGAACAAACGAUUAAAGAAACAAUACAAAGGGAUCCAUGAGAGGAGUGGACUGAUGAGUCUGAACAUGCUUUGAAUCCUAUGCUACACGGCAAGAUCUAGAUCAAAUUCCAACUAUGCACCUAUGAGGGAUUUUAAACAAUACUGUAGCUGUUGUUAUUUUCCCUUUAUUUGGCAGCCCUCUGUGUGUCUGCACAUCAGCGUAUCCCUCUGUGAUAGUACUGCAUAUAAUCUGCACCGUUUUAGGCAUUCAUUGCACCUGAUCUCAACAAACUCUUCUUUUUUCUUGUAAUAUGACAUAUAGAAACUCCAGUUUUCUAUCUAAAGUUUAACAUUUCUAAAACACAGACCCUUUCUGCAUUAACCCAAAUCAAUGUGGUUGAAAAAUAAAAUUUCAAUUUUUAUUUCAAGUUUUCAGGUUGAAAACGAAUUAAUACAAACUACUCGUGUACCACCUUGAGGAAGUUUAU